UUUCAUAAUCCUAUUUAAAUACAGUAGGAUAUAAAAGUCCAGGAGGCCGAACACGACUUCACUUUGCACAGAGAAGUCGCAGGCUCGCAACCAUGGCGAUCCGCCAGAUCUCCCGUCAAACCUUGGCCCUCCUCUUCGUCGUCGCCGCCGCCUCCUUUGCGGCCCUGGUGUUCGCCGACGGAGACGACGUGGUGGUCCUCACAGAGGGCACCUUCGAGAAGGAAGUCGGCCAAGAUCGCGGCGCCCUCGUCGAGUUCUACGCUCCCUGGUGUGGUCACUGCAAGAAGCUUGCCCCUGAAUAUGAAAAGCUUGGUGCAAGUUUCAAGAAAGCCAGAUCUGUCAUGAUUGCAAAGGUUGAUUGUGAUGAGCACAAGAGUGUGUGCAGCAAGUAUGGAGUUUCAGGGUAUCCAACAAUCCAAUGGUUCCCCAAAGGUUCCUUGGAGCCCAAAAAGUAUGAGGGACAGCGCACUGCAGAAGCCCUUGCUGAAUUUGUUAAUAAAGAAGGAGGUACCAAUGUAAAGCUGGCAACCAUUCCUUCAAGUGUUGUAGUGCUCACACCUGAGACCUUUGACUCAGUUGUCCUUGAUGAAACAAAAGAUGUUCUUGUGGAGUUUUAUGCCCCAUGGUGUGGCCACUGCAAGCAUCUUGCUCCGAUAUAUGAGAAGCUAGCUUCUGCUUUCAAGUUGGAUGAUGGAGUUGUGAUUGCUAACGUUGAUGCUGACAAAUAUAAAGACCUGGGUGAAAAGUAUGGAGUUACUGGUUUUCCUACCUUGAAGUUCUUCCCAAAGGGAAACAAAGCUGGUGAAGAUUAUGAUGGCGGCAGGGACUUGGGUGACUUCACCAAAUUCAUUAACGAGAAGUGUGGUACCAGCCGUGAUACAAAUGGUCAACUCACUUCCGAGGCUGGACGUAUAGCAAGUUUGGAUACCCUGGCAAAGGAGUUCCUUAGUGUUGCCAGUGACAAGCGGAAGGAAGUCCUGUCCAGUAUAGAAGAGGAAGUUGCCAAGCUCAGUGGUUCUGCUGCAAAGCAUGGAAAGGUCUAUGUUACAAUUGCAAAGAAGAUCCUGGACAAAGGUAACGACUAUACUAAGAAAGAAACUGAGAGGCUUCACCGUAUAUUGGAGAAGUCCAUCAGCCCUUCAAAGGCAGAUGAAUUUAUCAUAAAGAAGAAUGUUCUUUCAACAUUCUCUUCUUAAGGGGACGGCAUGUGCCACUCUCGCCAUCUUGGUAUAGGCGGAAGAGAAAGGGAAGAUUAGGAAUGUGAUGAGAAAGGAAAGUUUAGGAAUGAGACUGAGUUGGUCUGUUGAUAGAACUAAUUACGGGGUUUUCCCCUUGAGUAUACUCGCACCCUAUUGCAUGGCUAAAUCUAGUUGUUUACUCUUGGUAGCAUGGAUUCAGUCAGUAUUAAAAUAGUUUUACUUUUCGGCUGGAGAGAAAAGCCAACCUUGUUAUUACACCGGACUGUUUCAAUCCAAUAAUACAACUCGGUUAUCUGAACAGGUUGGAAGCUAAAUGCCUCAAUUUUAUUUCAGCAUGUA